GGGGGCGGGCUCCAAUCCGGUUCCAUCCGGUUCUCCCACCGCCCCCGCGGCGGGUCGCAGCAUUCCGUGCGGAGGCGGCCCAGGCAGCGCAGCUCGGUGACGACGGGUUCGGCCUCGCACGCGCCUCCCACCCAGCGCCGCCACGAUGCCCAAGAGGAAGGUUAGCGCGGAUGGAGCGGCGAAGGCGGAGCCCAAGCGCCGCUCCGCGAGGCUGUCAGCCAAGCCCGCCCCUGCUAAGGUGGACGCGAAGCCGAAAAAGGCCGCGGGAAAGGAUAAACCAUCGGACAAGAAGGUGCAAGCGAAAGGGAAGAGGGGAGCAAAGGGCAAGCAGGCUGAAGUGGCUGACCAGCAAACUGCGGAUCUGCCCGCAGAAAACGGAGAGGCGGAAAACCAGAGUCCAGCCUCUGAAGUAGAAGAGAAAGAAGCCAAGUCUGACUAACCAUCCAUCGUGUCUGUCAGUGGUCCCUGCCUCCCUUCUUGUACAAUCCAGAGGAAUAUUUUUAUCAACUAUUUUGUAAAUGCGAGUUUUUUAGUAGCUCUAGAAACAUUUUUAAAAGGUGGGAGGAAAUCUCACCUCAUCCCAUUUUUUUAAGUGUAAAUGAUUUUUUUAAGAGGUUAAAUCAUUUGCUGGUUGUUUAUUUUUUGGUACAACCAGAAAACAGAAUGCUGAAUCGGGAGAGGCUGUGACUGUCUGGGGCGGGGGGGUCACCCUAACAUUCCGUAGAGGGGGCUAGUUUUAUAUCCUACAGCAUAAAGCAUACUAAGUGGCGAUUUGGAGUCUUGGUCGUGCAUUUGUGUCUGCAAUAUUUUCAGUUCUAUGUGGUCUCGUGUUUCUAGUAGAACCGUUUCCUAAAAAACCACUCCUCAGUCCUUGGCCUGUCAGAACUGUGUCUGGUGGUCGUGGCCAUUCGUUUUCCUAACAGUUGUGAUGAUACGCUGUGAAAGAUGGACAUUUUGAGUAUGUACUGUACGGCAUAAAGUUGGGAGUCAGUGGGAUGGAGGAGUGUGAGCAUUUGAGAGGCUAGAGCAUCACUGAAAUAGUUCACAGAGAAGCAUCACGUGGCUCUUUGGGGUACGUGAACACCAUGUAUGACUUCAGAGAUUGGGUACAUGUGUUAAGAAUUGAAAUAAUCUGUGUACUCUGCUCCUCACUCAACCAAUAAAUGGCAGUUGUGAAAGUU